AGAAGAAAAUGGGAAGCUUAAUAGGCAUACGAUUCUGUAAUAUUCAAUUAAGGAAUUAUGCAAUGGUGUUAACAUUAAGACCAAUAACAAGCUGCAUACAUCACUGUUUAUUAAAUAGAGAAAUGUACCAUCUUAAGAGCCAGCAAAGAUUUCUACGGAUCGUUCAACAUUGUGACAUUUUAAAUUUUUCACUUGCCAAUUGUCUCAAUAAUAAUUCAAGGGACUUUUCUAUGACCUGUAUAUUGGCAAAAAGCAAGGACCGUGGCAAGGAUAAAAAGAAGUCAAAAUCACAACAUAUUGAUUAUCAUGAAAUGGAAGAAGUUAUUGAUGUCAACAAGCUGACGUCUCAAUUGGAAAGGGCGAUUGAAAUCAUGAAGGAUGAUUUCGCCAAGUAUUUAUCAAUAAGAUCGACUGUGGGUGCUAUUGAGGAAUUAUCCGUUAAAUUUGAGGGAAAGGAUUACACGUUGCAGGAGCUCGCGCAGAUUAGUCGUAAGCCCAAACUAAUAGUACUCAAUAUAUCUACCUUUCCACAAGCUAUUCCAGAUAUUUUGAAGAGCCUCACAAAAAAUCAGAUGAAUCUAAAUCCACAACAAGAUGGGACUACAGUCUAUGUUCCUAUUCCUAAAGUGACCAAAGAGCACAGAGAAAGCUUAUCUAAAAAUGCAAAAAGCUUUUAUACAAAAUGUUGCAGCAAUAUUAGAGACAUACGCAAUAAGCAAAUUAAGACGGUAAAGAAUAAAGAAGGAUUAGCCAAAGACAUAAUAUUUAGGAUGGAAAAUUAUAUAGAUAUUCUCAGUAAUCAAUAUGUAAGUAAAGCUGAACAAUUGCUGGAGACGAAACAGAAAGAAUUGUUAGGUGAUUUUGACUAAACUUCUCGUGCAUUUAAUUAUUUGUACUUUUAGAAAUGAAUUAUAUUGUUAAUUGCUUCAUAAAACAUUU